GUUAAUAUGGUACGUCGUGGCAACGAAUAUGGUCCGGUCCAGGUACGUCGUCACAACGUAACUGUGUUAGCUGGGACACAGUCUCAAGGGAAGCUGUCAAUGCAUUUAGACUCGAUAUCGUUCGGCAAACCAGAAGUAAAACACCAACACACACCAUCAAGUUUUUCUGCACGUCGGACAUCCAAUGGGACAAAGUUGGAAAAUGGCAGGAGUGGGGGAGGACUACGGUGUUUAUUUUCCUCCAGCCACAGAUGGUUUUAAAGGCUGUAGAGACACACAGAAACACAGUCGGGGAUGCAUGAGACCACAGCUCUGCCAACAUCAAAAGCGACGUUUAUCAUCUGUUAUUUUAAAACGCUAUUUUUCUUAAGAGACUUAUAGUGGAAGUUACCAAACCAUAGUCUGGCGAACUUUUAUUUAUCUUCCGUUUGUUUUGUUGUUUUACCCUUUUCUUGAAAGUGAAUUUAUGUCUAUGAUCAAGUCGCUUUUAAUGAAGUCCAUGUGCAUUUGGAGAGCAGUCUCGCAUCUGAUGAAGACCCGUUUUAACACGAACAGAGAUCUUGCUGCUUACUAAGAAAAAUAUCUUGAGGGAAAAGUAUUGCUUGGACAGCUCGGGCACAGGACACAAGCCCUAAUAAUGUUAAUGUUCGUGCUCUUUUCAGUUGUCUUAUCCAUACGAGCUGGCGAAGGUUUUCCCAGUUACAAAUAUGACUACAUGGAUGAAGACCUAGCCACCUUCGACUAUUAUAAAGGUGCGGAUGAGUUUGACGAGCGGAACGGGGCGGAAGUGUGCGAGGAGUGCGUGCCGGAGCUGUGUCCGCUCGCGCAGGGCUGUAGAGCGGGGCUGGUGAAGGACAGCUGCGGCUGCUGCUAUGAGUGUGGGAAUCUAGAGGGACAGGCAUGUGACCUCGGACAGAGAAACGUCUAUUAUGGGCUGUGUGGAGAAAAUUUGGAGUGCCAGCUGGAGAGGUCUGAAGGAGUCGACGGAGAGGAGCAAGAACACCAGUGUGUGUGUUUGUCUCAGAAGAUUCUGUGUGGGUCAGACGGACAAACAUACAUGAAUCUCUGCAAGUUUAUAGAAGCGAAUUUUUUAAAGCCAGGACUCAAUACGACCGACGGGCCGUGCAAGACAGUCCCCGUCAUCAAGGUGCCACCACAUAAUCUGGUGAAUGUAACGGGAAGCAGUGUUGCAUUUCUGUGCGAGGUGUUUGCAUUUCCCAUGGCAUUGGUGGAAUGGAGGAAAGAUGGAAAAGAGGUCGUUUUACCUGGCGAUGAUCCCCACAUAUCAAUUCAGUCACGAGGUGGUCCUCAGAAGUAUGAGCUCUCUAGUUGGCUGCAGAUUGAAGUGGCCAGUCAAAUGGAUUCUGGCACAUACAGGUGCAUCGCUCGAAAUGAGCUUGGCCAAGUUUCAGCCACAGCAAUUUUAGGGGUGUUGCCACCAGAUGAGAUGUCUGCUUAUUUGGAACAAAACAAGAAUGCAGCGAUGGACUAUGACCAAUUACAGGACUACGACAGGGAUUAUUACUAAACCUUGGAUGCAAACACCCUCAAGCAUACAUUCUUACUGAGUGAGACAUUCAAUUUAAAACUUUAAAAAGAAAAGAUAAUCAGGACACGAUUGUAUAUAAGCCUGUAAAGAACAAAAAAACAUCCCCUCCGGAAUUUAUGGAACAUCUGGGCAAUGAAACAUGCAGAUGGAUGGCGAGGAAGAGCUCGAGUGAAUUCCCAACGGUAUGAGAUGGAUGAAAAACACAGAAUGAGACGACUGGAGGAGUGAGUAGGGCACUUCAGGAGCUAGAUGUAGAAGUGUAGCUCAGUGUAGAAAUGAGGAUCAAUGUCUCUUUUGUUCUACCAGUGCUGUUCUUCAAAGCCCUUGUGACCAGCUGGAUAACAAAACACACAAAGUGAAGAGACACGAGAAACCGAAGAGUGAAUUCUGAGCGCCUUCCAAGUUUUCACAAAAUUGUGACAUCUUUGCGCAACCAAAUUUAGAAGAGCAGCACAGUUUUGAGUCAUCCUUUUUCUCUUCGAAGCAGAAUGCUUUGUAUCAGCCUUUGGGUUUAUAUACAGUUUGUUCCCACAUAUGGCAUCUCUUUAACCAGACAUCUCUUUGAGCGUGUGUGUUAGAUUUGGGUGAGCCAGUCCACAGCUGGCUUUAAUACAUCUUUAUGAUCUCCUGGUUAAAAGCAGCCAUCCUGUUUUAAUGUUUAUGUGCUUACAAGUCACACUUACAGGUCUUUCUUCAUUGAAACACCAUACGGCCGCUUGUUGAUACAACAAACAUCUUGACUCUGUAAUUUCACCUCUGUUAAGUGAGGGGAGACCUGUAGUUAACAGGAAGGCUGUGGAUAACGCAGCUUUUUAAUCUCUGCUCUCCUCUGGCCUCCCCUUUCAUAAUGUUCUCUGGUUUCUUCAACUUCUUCAUAAUUAUGGUAACAGUAAUUGCAUGUAAUGGUAGGUUAGAUUGCUACCACAUUAUAUAAACAGUGUAAAAUGUUUAUGUUUUGACACCAUGUUGUUUCCAACAUAAAAGGCCUCUAAUUAGAGGAUCUGUGAAACUUUUGAUGUUUUGCAUACGUGUGUUUUACUGUAUAGAGAGUUACGCAGAUUCAUAUACUAUAGCAUUCUUUCCAAAAACAUUAUUUGGGUAAUAAACCAAAU